UGUCAUUCAGUCAGUUUUUUGGUCAUGGUUCGGGGUGUCGUGUGUGUUUGUUGUAAUAAUUUAUAUUUUAAUCGAGUUUAAGAUCUCAAAUAAUAUUAACUUUGAUUCGAUAUGCUGAUUUUAUUUAUCUGACCGAAGCAUCGUAAUAGAUAGUUCCGUAAAAUGUCUACAGUACUUCUGGCCGUAGUAGCGGUCAUUCUGUGUAUACUUUUUAGAAUCCUAAACGUUAACAGCCAGCCUCAAAAGCCUGUAAUAUACGGACGGGAUCGAAGCUUUUUGGAGAACAUAUUAUCCAUCUCUCCGUUUCUAAAUGAGCCGUAUGUACCAACUCGGCUAUGGGGCUUCAGUGGGCACGUGCAGACCAUCCUGCACAGCCUGAUCGGGCGAGUGCGCUGCCCGUGGCCCAUCGGCGGCCGCAUCUCCCUGACGCUGCCCGACAAGUCCACACUCACAUAUGAUCUCUAUGAACCAGUUGGAUCUGAGCAUGAAGAUGACGUCACGAUCGCCAUCUGUCCGGGCAUCGGCAACACCUCGGAGAGCGUGUACAUCCGUACCUACGUGCACUACUCGCAGGCUCACGGCUACCGCUGCGCCGUGCUCAACCACAUCGGGGCGCUGAACAGCGUGCCUGUGACGGGUUCCAGAAUAUUCUCCUACGGUCACACUGAUGACUUCAGUUACAUGAUAGAUAAUUUAUUGGAAAGAUAUCCGAAUACCAAGAUCAUCUUGGUCGGAUUUAGUUUAGGCGGGAAUUUGAUCUCAAAAUAUUUGGGCGAGGACAGGAAAAGGCCAACCAACAUUAUAGGAGGCAUUUCCAUAUGUCAGGGCUACAACGCCAUUGACGCUUUAUGCUACCUGCUGCAGUGGCAGAACUUCCGUCGCCUGUACCUGUACAUCAUGACGGACAACUACCGGAACAUCAUCACGCGGCACAAGCGCAUGCUGCUGACCCCGGAGAUGAAGCAAAAGUACGGGCUCGACGAGCAGCAGAUCGUGUCCGCCGGGACCCUGCCCGACCUGGACGAGGCGUAUUCCAGACGCAUCUACGGCUUCGAGUCGGUCACAGAGCUCUACAAGUGGACCUCCUCAGCGUUCUACCUGCAGAACGUGCGAACGCCCAUGGUGUUCGUGAACGCGCGCGACGACCCCAUCGUGCCCGAGCCGCUGCUGCCCUUCAUCAGGGAGUUUGCUAGUUCACACGACAAAGUGAUGUACUUAGAAAUAGCGCAUGGCGGCCAUCUUGGAUUCUACGAAGGAGGUCUGAUCUACGCGAACCCGGUGACGUGGCUGGACCGCGCGCUCGUGAGCCUGGCGGGCGGGCUGCUCAUGACGCACAACAAGUGCUCGCAGAAGGACGCCGCCGCCGCCGCCGAGCCCUGCCCCGUGGACGAGGAACCCGACCUCAUUCAGCCAGCAAACAAAAUAAGCACAAACUCCUUCAAAAGCCAGAGCAGCUUCUGAACGCACCCGCGUAGGUUAUGUAUCGAAUGUGUGCACGAGUUGACAGUUUGUGAUUAGUAUUGCAAAUUGAGGUGUUAGUAUUCAAGAACGCGACAGACGGAACAUAAUGUUCGAUGUUGGUUUUAAUGAGUGUCUUUUGUACCUAACGUUAAUGAGGCUUAAAAUAGGUUCGUGUUUUGAAGACGGUGUCUGUGAAACACUGAAAACAGUUUAAGUUAUUGCUGUUACGUUAGCGGAGAUUUUGUUGACAUUCAAUUAGUUUUAUUAGCGCAUUUAUUUAUCUCCUCACGCAUGAGGUGUAGUAGUCGAUCAGGCAAGCUCGCUACACCAUAAAUGAUAGUUUCUUUCCUUAUAUAAAAUAAAAAGAAAAUAUUUCGGUGCUGUUUUGAUUCUGAAGGAAAGACAUUAUUGCUAAUCGACAAAAUAUUCAAUGAUCAUCUUCGAACUGUCUAGGAUAUUAUUCAUGAGCCUUUCUAUUAUUAACACGGAGAAGAAAAGUAUAAGAAGCUCUUGAAUGUGUUAUGAAAUUUAAUUUACUUGCACCACUGAAAAGAUAUGUUUCAUUAUUUGUAGAGAUUGAAUAUUAUUUAUUUGUUUUUAUCGAAUAAUUUUCUUGAUAAAACGUCGCAUAAUACCUAAAUGGUCUAAUGGCUACUUAAACCCUGGAUUGAAUUAUGUAGUUUUUUUUAAGGGGACUAGGUAUUAAACUAAUUGUGGUCAGCUUAGCUUGGCAAAGUAUUAGUUGUUGUGUUCACUAGAGGCGCUAAAUAUUAUAAAUAUGUGUUAUUAUUAUACAUUUAUACAAAUGUGCGUUUUCGUGCAUAAACAGAAUACGAGUGUUUACCAAUACCUAGGUUAUUUAUAUGCUUUUUAAUGUCCAAUAACGGCCUGUGAUAAAUAUAUUGAUAGUGAGAAAUUGAGGUAAACAAUUUUGUAUCACUGAAGAACGAGUUCUCAAUAAAAUUUACAAUUGUGAGUGACGACAUUGCGUAAAUAGCCAGCCAAAAAAAACAUUGCUACUUUAAAGUUUAAACGAUGAUUAUUUCAAGAGUUAUCAACCGUAUACUGGCCCCUUUAUUGAGAACUCUUUCAAUUUAUAAUGUAAAGAUCUUGAUGAUAAGGUUCCUCACCUCUACUUCUUCAAAUGUGGGAUAUUUGCAUUUAUCAGAGUUAGUAUGAAUUGAAGUAUCCCGUCGUUUACUUUUAGUUAAUUAAUUAUUUAAUUUUGUUUAAACUGAGAUUUCGCGUGUUUGAUGUUUACAAAUAUCAAGCUCUGUGCCACUUUGUUUUUAUGUAACAGUUACCUACAUCAGCAUUAUUUCUUUUGUAGUUACAUUUACUUGUUUCCAAUGUCCGUGAUUUGCAUCAUUUUUAUGUAACUUGCUGUACCUACAUACCUAUACUAAUUAUAUAAUAUUGAGACACAAAUUCACUCUAUAUUGGUAUUUAGCACUAGCUCACAUACGGUUCCAAGUUUUAAUUUAAUUUGGUAUGGGUAAUGUCUCAAAAAAACAUGUUGAAAUUACAUGUAAGCUUAUGAAAAAACGACAUCUGGUGGUAUCUAGAUGGCUUAAAUUUAAUGUUUACCUGGAUAAAAUAUCAUGAUUAAAUUUUUCAGACUUGGCCCAUUGUGAGCUGUAAGUGUAAAAUGUGUUAGUUAAUAUGCAAUAUAUAGUAUGUGUUAAGUUACACGUCAACUGGUACUUAUGCAUUUAUUAAACAUACCCAUGGUGAUAAAACAUGAUUUAUGUGUAUUUGUAAGUUAUCUUGAUUUCGUGUUUGUCCUUCUGAAGAAUUAAUUUGGAGUUAUGUUUAUUUACGUUUCUGAUAUAAAGGAUGAGUCCUAUCGCAGCAUAUGUUUUCGGACCGCAUACGUUAUUAAGGUACAAAUAAUGCCAGCAUUGCAGCUGCUGUAUUUUAUAGCAUGCUAACAAAAUUUAAUGUAAGGUUAAAGUAUUCCAGUUAAGCAUUGAAUAGCAAAGAAAAUGCGUAUAAAUCAUUCCUGUAUUCUGAAAAACAUGAAAGAACUGUAAACAAAUGUGACUAAAGGUACUUAUGAAUUUGUAGUUUUUUAUACGUGUUAGUUGUCAGCAAUGUUGUAGUUAUUGAACAAAAUAGCAAGAAAGCACUGAGGCUACGGAAACUUUAAAGUACUUUCUUGAACAUCUGUAUUUUUUAAAAGUACAGGUUUAUUGAAUUGAAUCGGAGCUUCUUAAUGCAUGAUGAUGUUGACUAAUUUAUUUAUAGAUUGACUCAAUAAACGUCAUUAAAAUUAA